GUGCUAAGAACAAGUUGUAUCUGCAACAUGAAGGUAUUCAUUACAAUUCUGGCUUUGGCUGUGGCCUCUGCCUCGGCCUACGAGAGCGUGGUUCAUCCCAAGGAUCUGCCCAAGGUGGCCAAGAUCGAGGGACGCAUCACCAAUGGCUAUGCGGCCCCUGAGGGCAAGGCACCCUACACCGUUGGCCUGGGCUUCAGCGGCGGCUGGUGGUGCGGUGGCUCCAUCAUUGCCCACGACUGGGUCCUCACCGCCGAGCACUGCAUCGGAAACGCCGACUCCGUGACCGUUUACUUCGGUGCCACGUGGCGCACCAAUGCCCAGUACACCCACUGGGUUGGCAGGAACAACUUCAUCUCGCACUCGAACGCUGACAUCGCCCUGAUCCGCAUUCCCCAUGUGGACUUCUGGCACAUGGUCAACAAGGUGGAGCUGCCCAGCUACAACGAUCGCUACAACGACUACAACGAGUGGUGGGCCGUCGCCUGCGGCUGGGGCGGCACCUAUGACGGCAGCCCACUGCCCGACUGGCUGCAGUGCGCCGAUCUCCAGAUCAUCCACAACUCCGAGUGCGCCAGCUACUACGGCACCGGCACCGUCGGCGACAACAUCAUCUGCGUCCGUGUCGUUGAUGGCAAGGGCACAUGCGGCGGCGACUCUGGCGGCCCAUUGGUCUCCCACGACGGCAACAAGCUGGUCGGUGUCACCAACUGGGUGUCCGGUGCCGGCUGCCAGGCUGGUCAUCCCGCUGGCUUCCAGCGCGUCACCUACCACCUGGACUGGAUCCGUGACCACACUGGAAUUUCUUACUAAACUUUGAUAAAGUUUUGAAAUAAAUUGAAGUUGAACAGCAA